AUGGGGUCACUCACAGAGCUUCCUGAUGCAACCUCGCCCAAGCUGAUCCUCACAACUCCAACCGAGGCUGAGAAGCGUCAAACAUGGACCAUGAACCAUGCGGAAUGGGGUGGUGCCCUGAACUUGGAGGAGUACCUCGAAAGAGAACCCUAUCUAGCCACCAUCCCGCUCGCUGAGAAGGGAGGUCUGAAGUACUGGAUCUUGACUGAGGCAUCAGGUCUGCCCGAUGCUCGACCCGUGCUUGCGAGCUGCGAAUCUUUGAGGAAGAAAGCUCUUAUCACAGAUCCAAAGAGCGGCGAGGUGAAAGAGGUCGUAGCCUACGGAAUCGGCAGCGUGUACACCAACCCCCAAUUCAGAGGACGACGCUAUGCUAGUCGCAUGUUGCGCGACCUGGGCUCAUUGCUGAAGCUGGAAACUGAGAAAAUAGAGGGCCAGGCUGCUGAAAUAGCCGCCAGCGCUUUAUGGAGUGACAUCGGCAAGUCUUUCUACGCGAAGUUGGGCUGGGCACCAUUUCCAAGUGAGCACAUCUGCUUCGCAGCAUCGGCAGGUACCGACAGUGAUAUGAACUCUCGAAACGUCACGGAGAUUACUUACAGCAACUUGGAAUCGUUCUGCAAGUUAGACGAGGAGCUAUUACGGAAGCACUUGGCAGAGCAUGCCAAGGACAGCAAGCCAAGGUUUGCCUUUACUCCCAAUUCUGAUAUUUUCCGUUGGCAUCUCUACCGAGACGACUUUAUCGCCAACAUUGUAUUCAAGAAUAGUGGCAAAGGAGAGUCCCAAGUCAAGGGCGCUGUUGCGGGCCCAGAAGGUCGGCGAGUCUGGGCGCUAUGGACACGGAACUACAACGGCGAUGCUACAAAUGUUGCGAAGAAUACGCUGUACAUUCUACGACUAGUCGUCGAGGAUGACACAGUCCCAAUUGAUGAACUCACAGCGUCCUUUACGGCUGUGUUGAAGAAGGCCCAGUCUGAGGCAGAUCGGUGGCAGAUUGGGAAGAUUGAACUUUGGAACACUACCAGUCUGGCAAACACUUUGGUGGAGAAGAGCGGUUUGGCCUAUGAGCGGCACGAGAGACAGACCGAUAGCAUCCCGAGCAUGAUGUGGUAUGCCGAAUCUGACGGAGGUCAGGUUGAGUGGGUUGCGAAUGAGAAGUACUGUUGGUGCUGA